ACUGCAAACAUGUUUCUUCACAGAUAAGUUCUGUAAAUUCGACUACGGAGAAAUCGGCAAUAUCAUGCACUACGGCCAGAGGGAACCGCCCCUGUACAACCUGGCGAAGGUCACCGCCCCUGUGGGCCUCUUCUGGGGGAACACCGACUGGCUGGCUGACCCUACGGACGUUGCUCGCUUAGCAGCUGACCUACCCAACUUAGUCCUGAAUUACAACGUGCCAAAGGAGGAAUUCAAUCACCUGGACUUUGGAUGGGGAAUCCACGCCAACGAAUAUGUUUACACGAAGGUCUUGGAAUUAUUCGCCGCUUACUAAGGACGAACUUUCUGGAGACAACGAAAGGAACAGAGAAGAAGAAGAAGAAGAAGAAGAAGAAGAAGAAGAAGAAGAAGAAGAACUUUGAUGUCGAAUUAUGUCGAAUUACUGGAAAGUUGACGUUGAGAUAAAAAAAUGACUUUGUAAGAUUUUCUUUCAAUUACUGAAGACUGUCACUGCCAGAUACCGAAUUUCCUUUCGACGACGAAAUAGAAAUAUUUUAUUUUAUUGAUGCUACCAUCACUUUCAACCUUAAAAUUAUUAUACAAAUAGAUAAUGUACAAAUGAAUAAUAAGUGUUAUUAA